CGUAAAUCCUUUACAUAGUCAUAUUUGUCCCACCCACUCUCUACUCUCUGCAAGAACCCUCGGACCUUUCAUCUUUCAGUAUUAACAGUUUUCAUCAUGGCCAAAAAACAAGGACAAGAUUCAAGCAGACCUCAUGCCAAAAAACAUUUCAAGAAGUUAACAAACAACAUAUCUAAAGACACUGUUCAUCAUUCUUCAGAAAACAGUGCUCUUGCUCCUGUGAAUGAUAAAAAAGAAGAAUUCUGUGGUUACAUAUUCAUGUGUAGUGGAAAAACUAAACCAGAGUGUUAUAUAAACCGAGUUUUUGGUCUUCCUUCUGGUAGAAGACAAGUUGUUGAAAAGAUCAAACCAGGCACCAAGCUUUUUCUGUUUGAUACUGAUGUGAAGCUUCUUUAUGGUGUCUAUGAAGCAUCAUCCAAUGGAGGAAUGAACUUGGAAUCUGCUGCUUUUGGUGGAAUGUUUCCAGCACAGGUAAGAUUCAAGAUUUACAAGGAGUCUCUUCCACUCCCCAUAGGUACAUUCAGACAUGCCAUUAAAGAAAAUUAUCAAGGCCCAAAGUUUGCACCAGAACUUAAUAGUCAACUGGUGAGGGCACUUCUGUCAUUGUUUCGUCCCAUCCCUGCACGAUACCCUACAGCACCUAAUGAAAAUACGUAUAGACAACCAAUUCAUAAUCUUCCUCAAUUGGGUCAGCAAAACGGGCUAAACCUAAACCCACAUUUACAUAAUUGCCAUCCAGCUGUUGCCCCCGCCCAUCACCCCCCACCUCCGCCAGGUCAUCUGUAUCAUCAACCAUAUCCAAGCUAUAUGACAAUGCAUCCGUGUGAUCAAAGAUUUGGAUUGGAUGCUGAUAGGUAUUUGGGUCACAACUCUUACCCUAUCCCACCACCAGCUGCUUAUGGUUCUCCUCUGCAACUGCGGCCUACAACUCCUUAUGGUGGACCGCGUCCUCCUCAAUCUCAUACACAAUCGCAAGGGCAUGAGUUGCCAGUUUCAUCUUAUUACUUGUUUCCUGGGGGGUUACGCUGACAGUUGGCAGGUGGCGAAAGAUUGGGUACUUAGAAGAAUGUGAUGACAUGGUUUUGGUUGUAAAUUUUUGGUGAGGGGUAGUUAGAAUCUUUGUGAAUAUUUUGUGACUUUAGUUUGCAUCAGAAACUUAAAAAAUGUAUGAGGU